AUGAAGACAACAAAAAGAGAAGUCCUCCCCAAGUACAAGAUAGUUUUCCUAGGAGACACGGCAAUAGGAAAAACAACCCUGAUAACCAAAUACGUGUUUAGCACAGAAACAAAGGACUACCACCCCACAAUAGGAGUGGACUUCUUUGCGCAGAAAACCGAGAUAGGAGGAAAGACAGUAAAUCUGCAGCUGUGGGACACUGCAGGCCAGGAAAGGUUCCGGUCUCUAAUCCCCAACUACACGAGAGACUCCUUCAUGGCAGUGAUCCUGUUCGACCUAACCCGGCGAGAAACAUUCGACAGGGUAGACGGCUGGAUAGAAGACUUUGUGCUUAAGAACAAUGACUCAAAACUGAAAAUAUUAAUAGUUGGGAACAAGUUGGAUUUAUUCAACGACUUAGAAAACAAAGACAAUCUGCCAAGCAAGGAAGAAAUAAACAGCAAAGUGCAGAAGUACAACGCAGCCUAUAUAGAAACAUGUGCGCUGACUACUGAGGGAAUAAGCAGCCUGGUGGAUGAGAUCACAAAUGCAAUUCAGAACUCGUCAGCUCCUGAGCAGAAUGUGCCUGAGUUCACCAUAGAAGCAGAUGCAAGCAAAAGGUGCUUCUGCCUAUAA